AUGGGAGAUAUUAGCGGCUUGGACAACCUAGCUCCAGCUACGACAGCAGCCACACCGUUCAGCCCUACUUUCGGAGCAUCUGCAGCUGGGUCCUUCACCACCGAGCCAAGGACGGGUGAUCCGUAUCGAUACCAGACUGGCUUUGGCAAUCGGUUUGCUACAGAAGCUGUACCUGGCGCUUUACCAUCAGGUGGUCAGAACGUACCACAGAAAUGCCGGUACGAUUUGUACUCUGAGCAGCUCAAUGGCACCUCUUUCAUUUCUUCUCGGCAAUCGUUACAGCAUGUCUGGAUGUACCGGGUUCGACCCUCAGUCGCUCAUCGACCACUCGAGCGCAUGGCACUGUCACCAGACCUCGAAGCAUGCUUCGCCCCGCAAAAUCCAAACGUUCAUUAUACUCCUCUCACGUAUACUUGGGGACCACUAGACAUCCCAGAAGCCUCCCAGAGUAUCAACUUCUACCAAGGAAUCAAGACUAUGGGUGGCCGCGGUGACCCCACCAUCAGGGAAGGUGUCGCGGUUCACAUGUAUGCUGCCAAUACAUCUAUGGGUAACGAGGCUUUUUGCAACAACGACGGUGAUAUGUUGAUCAUUCCACAAGUUGGCCGGCUAGACGUCCAAACAGAACUAGGCCGGGUAAUGGUACGGCCUGGAGAGAUCUUUGUCAUGCAAGCUGGCAUCCGCUUCCGAGUUUUGUUGCCCGAUGGAGCAGUGCAUGGUUAUAUCCAGGAGAUAUUCGGUAGCCACUACGAGCUUCCGGAAAUGGGACCCGUUGGAACGAAUGGUCUGGCGCAUCCUAGAGACUUCGAGAUGCCAGUCGCCAGUUUUGAUAUUGACGAAUCGAAGUGGACUAUAGUUCACAAGCUUACCGGAGAGCUCUACUGCUAUGACCAAGCAUGGACACCAUUUGAUGUGGUGGCGUGGCAUGGAAACUAUGUUCCGUACAAGUACCUGCUCGAGAAGUUCGUUGCUCUGUCGUCAUCGAUGAAAGAGCAACUUGACCCCACCAUCUACACAGUCCUGAUGGCGAAGUCGAAAUGGGACGGAGUAUCACUCACCGAAUUCGCUGUUUUCACUCCCAAGUGGGCCACAGCAACAAACACAUUCAGACCACCUUACUAUCAUCGUAACAUGGCCACCGAAAUUGGUGGACUCAUUUGCGGAAAAUACGGCGGUAGCGCUCGAGAACAAGAAGCAGGCGGACUCACUCUGGAGCAUAGCUACAUGCCACAUGGGGAGUCGUAUGAGGCGUGGGUGAAGGCCACCACCACGCCUUUGGAGCCCAUGCUAGUGGGGGUUGGCAGCAUUGGUUUUAUGCUACACCUCAGCUCUCAUUUUUCCGUGACAAAGUUCGCCAUGGAAAGGCACAACACGAUCAAGAUCCAACGGCCGGAGUUCUGGGACAACAUGAAGGGCCACUUUUUGGAAAAUCUUGCCGAAGUGAACAAAGCGCUCGCGGAGAGCGGUCUACCUGCUCUUGGGACUCGGCCAGCGUAG